UUCCCUCCUCCCACCACUUGCUUGGCCCCCUCCCUCCCCACCGUUCCUUUCCCUUCCUCUGCUGUCGCUUCCACAGCGACCUUUAGUAGUGUUCUCGCCUCACCCCUUCUUCGUCGAGCUCCGUCGACGCAUUCGAAUUCGGAACCCUAGAGUGCUUCGGAUCGGAGUCGAGAGAAGAAGCGCUGCCGAUCGAGCUCUCUUUGGCCUGAAAUGGUGGUUCCAGACCCUGUUUUUGGGGAAAUCAAAGAGUUUCUUCUCAAUUUUGGGGUGUUUUGAGCUUGUUUGGCUUAAAUUUGUGUGAGAUCUCAGCCUCUUCUCCUUUUCUACUCGAACUCUCGGUCUCGGAGUCGAAUUCAUUCGUCUUUUAGCCUUUUGUAGUUGAAGCGUCGAAAUUGAGCCCCACAGUCCCAAAUCGGUGGAACCCUAAGCAAAAUUUCGAGUUUUAAUCGCCAAUUUCUUCUCCCUGGGCGCCAAAUUAGCGGUUUUCAGGGGGAAAUUUACUUCACAUGCCUCUCGGUAAAUCCGGACAAAGAUAAGGGGGCAUAGAAGUGCUUUUACGCCCCAUUAAGCCGCUAAAGAUCCAAUUUUUCCGUUUCAAAAGUAGGGGGGAGAGAGAGAGAGAGAGAGAGAGAGAGAGAGAGAGAGAGGAGGGGGGGUAUUUCGUGGAGGGGGUGCUCGUUUAGUCGUUUUGCUUACCGAAGAGAGUUAAAAGCGGCAACUGACCACAAAGAGAAAAGAGAGUAGGGGCGCAGGUGCUACUAUAGGAGAGGGUGUAGUAGCGGACCUUUUCCCAAAGGAUCAAGGCGACGCCUUUCGCUUAGGAUUAUCCCUAGGGUUUCUAGAGAGAAAGGCGGAGCCUCAAAAGGGCUUGGGAAUUAAUGCCUGGAUCAGUGGGACUUUUAUAAGUAUUAAAAACGUGAUUCUGGGAGCUAAGAGCAAGGGAUCGUUAUUUUCUCGGCUUCGAUUUCAUUUUCGAGUUUACUGUGUAGAGAUUGCUGGAGAAAUGGGGUAGAUCAGAAUAAUAGUUUCAUCAGUUCUGUGUCUUCGUCUUCUUGCAAUUUUGAGUUCUUCUAAUCGAGCUCUCGGAAGAGGUUGUUGCGCAAUUCCUCAUGGCGACUUCAAUUGGCACAGUUGAGGGAUUACCUGGAUCAGGGACCUCUGGUGAUGCCUUGUUUCGCGAGCUCUGGCAUGCAUGUGCAGGAACUCUGGUUACAGUUCCCCAUGAAGAGCAGCGAGUCUAUUACUUUCCAGAGGGUCAUAUGGAACAGCUUGAAGCAUCAACAAAUCAGGGGCUUGACCAGCAGAUGCCCGUGUUCAAUCUUCCAUCGAAGAUCCUAUGCAAGGUUGUCAAUGUUCGACUACAGGCUGAAGCAGAUACAGAUGAAGUUUUUGCACAGAUAACUUUAUUGCCGGAUGCAAAUCAAAGUGAGGUCUUAAGUCCAGACCCUGCACAACCUGAACCUGAAAGGUGCACAGUUCACUCAUUUUGCAAGACGCUAACUGCUUCGGACACAAGCACUCAUGGUGGAUUUUCAGUUCUUAGGAGGCAUGCAGACGAAUGUCUACCUCCACUGGAUAUGUCUCAGAAUCCACCAUGGCAGGAAUUAGUUGCCAAAGAUCUUCAUGCGAACGAGUGGCAUUUCCGUCAUAUUUUUCGAGGGCAACCUAGGCGUCAUUUGCUCACCACAGGGUGGAGCGUCUUUGUCAGUGCAAAAAGACUUGUAGCUGGUGAUGCAUUUAUAUUUUUGAGAGGUGAGAAUGGUGAGUUGAGGGUUGGUGUAAGGCGAUUAAUGAGGCAGCUGAGCAACAUGCCAUCGUCCGUCAUAUCGGGUCAUAGCAUGCAUCUUGGAGUUCUGGCUACUGCUUCCCAUGCUAUUGCUACUGGAACCCUCUUUUCUAUAUUCUACAAGCCAAGAACAAGCCGAUCUGAGUUUGUCGUAAGCGUUAACAAAUAUCUUGAAGCCAAAAAUCGUAAGUUAUCUGUGGGCAUGAGGUUUAAGAUGAGAUUCGAGGGUGAUGAAGCUCCUGAAAGAUGGUUUAGUGGCACUAUUAUUGGUUUUGUAGAUGCUUCAACCUCUCGAUGGAAAGAUUCAGAGUGGAGAUCUUUGAAGGUCCAAUGGGAUGAACCUUCAGCAAUUCCACGACCAGAUAGAGUUUCACCAUGGGAAGUGGAGCCCCUUGUUGCAAUUAAUCCUACAAUAUCUCAGCCUACACAAAGAAAUAAGCGUGCACGGCCACCACUUUCACCUUCAGUAGCGGCAGAUCUAUCUUCAGCGUUUGGUUCGUGGAAAGCUCCAGUUGAGUCCCCUCGGACUUUCUCCUUUACGGGGACACAACUAGCUCAAGAUCUAUACUCUCCGUCAUCUGCACCGUCCACCCUGUUCUCGUCAAUAUCUAGUCCUGGAUCAAUUGUAGUAAAUCCAAACAGUGGGCAGUCUGCAAGCAACAGCAGUCACCUCUAUCGGCCAACCAGAGAGUCUCAUACUGACUCCGCAAUCAUGAAUAAAGAACUGUGUGAAAGAAAGCAGGAGAGAAGUGGUGGUUGCAGGCUGUUUGGGAUCCAGCUAAUUGAAGGUUCUGCUGCUGAAGCAGCUUCAACAGCGGCAAACAUUUCUGGUGCUAUUGCUGGGGACCAAUCCAUGGCCUCAUUGGAUGGUGACUCUGAUCGGCAAUCUCAACCUUCGAACAACCGGUCUGAUGCUCCUGCUGUGAGCAGUGAGCGAAUGCCCCUAGAGACUCCAAGCCGGCAACUGAGGAGCUGUACCAAGGUUCUCUUGCAAGGAAUGGCUGUUGGAAGGGCAGUAGACUUGACAAGAUUAAAGGGGUAUAAUGAUCUAUGUCAAAAACUGGAAGAGAUGUUUAAUAUCAAAGGAGAGCUCUCUAGUCCCGUGAAGAAAUGGCAGGUCAUCUAUACCGAUGAUGAGGAUGAUAUGAUGCUUGUCGGGGAUGACCCUUGGAACGAGUUCUGCAGCAUGGUCAAGAAGAUUUACAUCUACACAUGCGAGGAGGCCAAGAGGCUGUCUCCCAAGGCCAAGCUGCCACCUCUCAGCGAGAUAAUCAAAGCAACCCCAAAGAAAGUGUCUUCUGAUGCCGACAUGGCAUGCAAUGGCCCGGAAGAUCCGGGUCCUACUUGAUGAUAAUGAUUUGCUGACUUUUCCUUCAGAUGACCGAGUAGAAAUAUGGUAGUAAGUGCCCAUAAUGCUGAUGCUUUCCGUUUUGCUUCGAUCCUAUCCCCUAGACGAUGGCAGCAGGACGAAAGAUGGAAUAUCAGAGCCGGGUUGUUAGUUAGUAGUCGUGAUGUUGUUCUUCUUGUUCACUUUUUCUUUUUCGUCGUUCUGUUCCUUUUGCGUGGAUGCGCCGGUCCUAGCAGUGCAGUGUCUUUUUCUGGAACUUUGUCGAGAAAGAUAACUGAUUAGAGUUAGAGAAGGUCUGUUUAAGUCGCAACUUAUCUUUUUGGUUCCUUGUGCUGUAGUAAAUAUAUAUAUAUAUGGGUAUACAGUGUUGGCACUCUACAGCUACUAGUCGUAGACGUGCAAGUUUUUUCUUUUUGGGUGGCAACUUUGUUUCUGUCUGUGGUGGGGCCGAGCUGUCGUUAUGGAUGGGACUUCUUAUGUACAGAUGAAUUUUAUGAACUCGUUUCUUUUCCUUUUCA